GAGUGCUUUUGGCUCUAUCAGAAUCCAGAAUGAAGACUUUUGAUGCAAAUGACCUGUAUCAGGGACAGAAUUUCAGCAAAGUUCUCAGCUCUCUUGUGGCUUUAAAUAAGGUGACUGCAGACAUAGGGCUGGGCAGUGACUCUGUGUGCGCACGUCCCUCAUCCCAUCGGAUAAAAUCUUUCGAUUCUCUGGGAUCCCAGUCUUUACACAGUAGAACUUCAAAACUCUUUCAGGGACAGUAUCGGAGUUUGGACAUGACAGAUAACAGCAAUCAUCAGUUGGUGGUCAGAGCAAAAUACAAUUUUCAACAGACAAAUGAAGAUGAGCUUUCUUUUUCAAAAGGAGAUAUUAUUCACGUUACAAGAGUGGAAGAAGGAGGCUGGUGGGAAGGAACUCUAAAUGGCAAAACAGGGUGGUUUCCAAGUAACUACGUACGAGAAAUAAAAUCAAAUGAAAAACCGGUCUCCCCCAAAUCAGGUACAUUGAAGAGUCCACCUAAAGGCUUUGAUACAUCUGCAAUUAACAAAAGUUAUUACAAUGUGGUGCUACAAAAUAUAUUAGAAACAGAAAAUGAAUAUGCUAAGGAGCUACAAACAAUGCUUUCAAACUACCUGCGACCGUUACAAGGCAGUGAAAAGUUAAAUUCGGCAAAUACUUCAUACCUAAUGGGAAACCUGGAAGAAAUAAGUUCUUUCCAGCAAAUGCUUGUACAGUCUUUAGAAGAAUGCACCAAGUUGCCUGAAGCUCAGCAGAGGGUUGGAGGAUGUUUUCUAAAUUUGAUGCCACAAAUGAAGAGCUUAUACCUUGCAUACUGUGCCAACCAUCCGUCAGCAGUAAAUGUUCUCACAGAACACAGUGAGGAACUAGGAGAAUUCAUGGAGAUGAAAGGUGCCAACAGCCCUGGGAUCCUUGUGCUGACCACAGGCCUCAGCAAACCUUUUAUGCGUCUGGAUAAAUACCCUACGUUACUCAAAGAACUUGAAAGGCACAUGGAGGAUUAUCAUCCAGAUCGUCUAGACAUUCAAAAAUCCAUGACUGCCUUCAAAAACCUUUCUGCACAAUGUCAAGAAGUACGGAAACGGAAGGAGCUUGAAUUGCAGAUACUGACGGAAGCUAUCCGCUGUUGGGAGGGAGAGGAUAUUAAAACACUUGGCAACGUGAUUUACAUGUCCCAGGUCAUGAUUCAGUGUGCUGGAAGUGAGGAAAAGAAUGAAAGGUAUCUUCUUCUCUUCCCUAACAUUUUGCUAAUGUUGUCUGCCAGCCCGAGAAUGAGUGGGUUCAUCUAUCAGGGAAAAUUGCCAAUGACAGGAAUGACUAUCACAAAGCUAGAAGACAGUGAAAACCAUAAAAAUGCAUUUGAAAUAUCAGGAAAUAUGAUUGAAAGGAUACUAGUGUCUUGUAAUAACCAACAAGAUUUGCAUGAAUGGGUGGAUCACCUGCAGAAACAAACCAAAGUCACAACUGUUGGGAAUCCCACCAUUAAACCUCACUCUGUGCCAUCUCACACACUUCCUUCCCAUCCAGUAACACCCUCCAGCAAGCAUUCAGACAGCAAGCCGAUACCACUGACUCCUGCCUACCACACUCUCCCUCAUCCAUCACAUCAUGGGACACCACAUACCACGAUAAACUGGGGACCUCUGGAACCUCCAAAAACCCCCAAGCCUUGGAGUCUGAGCUGCUUACGGCCUGCACCUCCAUUACGGCCUUCAGCAGCUCUCUGUUAUAAAGAGGAUCUCAGUAAAAGCCCUAAAACUAUGAAGAAGCUGCUUCCCAAACGCAAGCCAGAACGGAAGCCAUCAGAUGAAGAGUUUGCACUGAGAAAAAGUACAGCUGCUUUAGAAGAAGAUGCUCAAAUUCUUAAAGUCAUUGAAGCAUAUUGCACAAGUGCCAAAACACGUCAAACACUAAAUUCAAGUUCCCGUAAAGAAUCAGCUCCUCAAGUCCUGCUUCCAGAAGAGGAAAAAAUUAUUGUAGAAGAAACUAAAAGUAAUGGUCAGACUGUUAUAGAAGAGAAAAGCCUUGUUGACACAGUAUAUGCAUUAAAGGAUGAAGUACAGGAGUUAAGACAGGAUAACAAAAAGAUGAAGAAAUCACUAGAAGAAGAACAAAGAGCUCGCAAGGACUUGGAGAAGCUUGUUAGAAAAGUUCUAAAGAACAUGAAUGAUCCAUCUUGGGAUGAAACCAACUUAUAACUAAUUUUUUUUCCCUUUUUCUUUCUAUUGAAAGACCAGUUGUAAACUGAGCUGGGAAGCCUUCUGACAUUAGUCAGUGUUGCAUCAAGAGCACUACAAAACAGGAUUUAACUGGAUCUAGUGAUUCCUUGCUUUGAACAUAGAGAAGCAGUCAAGCCAUUUCCUGAAGCAAUCUGUACUCUUUAAGUGUGGAGACUGUGGAUUCUGAACUCUACUAAACUUAAUUUGUUUGCAUCUAAAUUACCUCAUUUUGCAGAAAGUGCAGCACCUGACUAAAAGACCAUGUUUUUCAGUGGCUUUUUAAUUAAAUAUAUAUUUUUCUUGUAAAUAUCUGUAAUUUUGAAUGCAAAUGUGAUUGAUGUAUCAGGGCUCAUAUGGGUUUUUUUUCUCUCUUGUUGUUAUAAAUGGUCACAAGUGUUAGAAAUUAUGGCAGUACUGUCUUACCUAGGAAAGAUUGGGGUUCUUUGUGGAUAAUUAUGGAUUCGUUCCAAAUUACCCACUCAUCACACAUGCUGAUUUAAAACCUAUUUUUCCUGUAGACCACUGUAUUUAAAUCCUCUACUGUUAUUUAUGUCUGUGCAUACAUUUUUAAACAGUUUACAAUUCUUUAAGAAC